AUGGUUAGGUCUGUAUUUGAGCAAAUUUACUCCGAUUUUAUUGAAAUUAGUGUUGAAACUUAUAUUUUUCAAUUUGUUUCUCUUCUCUAUGAAGUUGUAUGAAACGUUCAUGCUUAUUCAAAAUAGGGAAAAGAAGGAAAUAACUUUGUGAUUCUCUAUUAAUGUAUAUUUUCUGCGCAUUGUCUAAAUUCGUUUUUUUUUUUCAGAUAAUUCAUGAUUAUAAUUGGACAACCUUUCAAUAUCAACCAACAAUAUUUUUGUGGCUUGAUUCGGCAUGGCGCAAGAAGACAAAAAAUGUGAAACCGACGGAAUUAAUGAAUGGUUCGUUCAACGAAACUCGUGCGAUCAAAGUUUGA